GCAGCCGCAGCGAAGCUGAUGCCGGGAUCACGGCGCCCGAGUGCCCCACAAAAAUAAGCCCCCGCGCCCUUUUCCGGUGCGCACACGUCUGUCCGUCCGUGUGACCCCACCGGAAGGGUCCGGGGGAAAAGCAGUGCCAUCGCGAGAAGUGAGCCGGUAACAGGUUGGUUCCUGCGCGGAUGCUGUGGCUGUAAGAGCCGCGUGGUCGGCUGGUUGCGGUUCGCAGGGAGGAGGACGCCGGGGGCUCGCCUUCCCUCCGCCGCCUCUGCCACUGCCAUGAUUCCGGUGUCGCUGGUGGUGGUAGUGGUGGGUGGCUGGACUGCCGUCUACCUGACCGACUUGGUGCUGAAGUCAUCUGUAUAUUUUAAGCAUUCUUAUGAAGACUGGCUGGAAAACAACGGAUUAAGCAUCUCCCCUUUUCACAUAAGAUGGCAAACUGCUGUUUUCAAUCGUGCCUUUUACAGUUGGGGACGGCGGAAAGCGAGGCUGCUUUACCAGUGGUUCAAUUUUGGAAUGGUGUUUGGCGUAAUUGCCAUGUUUAGCUCUUUUUUUCUACUGGGGAAAACACUGAUGCAGACUUUAGCACAAAUGAUGGCAGACUCUUCUGCAUCUUAUUCUUCCUCCUCUUCUUCCUCUUCUUCCUCUUCCUCUUCUUCCUCUUCCUCUUCUUCCUCCUCCUCCUCCUCCUCCUCCUCCUCACUUCACAACGAACAGGUGCUACAAGUUGUGGUUCCUGGUAUAAAUUUACCUGUCAACCAACUGACUUAUUUCUUCGCUGCAGUCCUCAUUAGUGGUGUUGUACAUGAAAUUGGACAUGGGAUAGCAGCUAUUAGGGAACAAGUUCGAUUUAAUGGCUUUGGGAUUUUUCUCUUCAUUAUUUAUCCUGGAGCAUUUGUUGAUCUGUUCACCACUCAUUUGCAACUUAUAUCGCCAGUCCAGCAACUAAGGAUAUUUUGUGCAGGUAUCUGGCAUAAUUUUGUCCUUGCACUCCUGGGUAUUUUAGCUCUUGUUCUCCUCCCUGUAAUUCUCUUGCCCUUUUACUACACUGGAGUCGGGGUGCUUAUCACUGAAGUUGCUGAGGACUCACCUGCCAUUGGACCCAGAGGCCUUUUUGUGGGCGACCUUGUCACCCAUCUGCAGGAUUGUCCCGUGACUAAUGUACAAGAUUGGAAUGAAUGUCUAGAUACCAUCGCCUAUGAACCUCAAAUUGGUUACUGCAUAAGUGCGUCAACUUUACAGCAGCUGAGCUUCCCCGUGAGAGCAUACAAACGGCUAGAUGGUUCAACUGAAUGCUGUAACAAUCAAAGCCUCACAGAUGUGUGCUUUUCCUACAGAAAUAAUUUUAAUAAACGUUUGCAUACAUGUCUACCUGCCCGGAAAGCAGUUGAAGCCACCCAAGUUUGUAGAACCAAUAAAGAUUGUAAAAAGAGCUCAAGUUCAAGUUUCUGCAUAAUACCUUCUUUGGAAACUCAUACUCGCUUAAUAAAAGUGAAACACCCACCUCAAAUCGAUAUGUUGUACGUAGGACAUCCACUGCACCUUCACUACACAGUGAGCAUCACGAGUUUUAUCCCACGUUUUAACUUCCUAAGCAUAGAUCUGCCUGUGAUUGUGGAAACAUUUGUCAAGUACCUGAUUUCCCUCUCAGGAGCUCUGGCUAUUGUUAAUGCAGUGCCCUGCUUUGCUCUGGAUGGACAGUGGAUUUUAAACUCUUUCCUGGAUGCUACCCUUACCUCGGUGAUUGGAGACAAUGAUGUCAAAGAUCUGAUAGGAUUUUUCAUCUUGCUUGGUGGCAGUGUACUUUUGGCUGCCAACGUGACCCUGGGACUCUGGAUGGUUACAGCACGGUAAUACUUGCACUCAUCUGACAGAAUCUCUGAAUUACAGUAUACAAUACUGAGAACCAUCACUUGGUAUGACAUAUAAAGUGUUUCCUUAAGAUUACAUUUUAGCCAACAAUUUUCAGCUCCUCCUAUAUCCAGAGUAUCCAAACUCGGAUGGGAGACAAACAGAAGAAAUGCAAGGUAUGGUUCCUAACUACAUUCUAGUUUUAAAGACUGAACUUACAAACUUCAGAUGCUUGUGGAACAGUUUCUAAACAAGUGCAGAUUCAUGUUAAACCAUUUUGUAUGACUACAUAUGUUGCAAUAAUUUAAAGGAGAACAGAAUUGGGGGGAAUUAAUUGGGGAAAACUUCUUGAAAAAGCUUCAUUAAUCCAGAUUUGAAGGCAACCAGACUUUGGGCAAGUGGAAGGGUGUGCAUUUCCUUGGCCUCUAUCUCUUCCCCUUUGUGUUGUUUGGAAAGGAUUUUAAAAUUUAAUGGUGUAUUAUUUUGUACUCUGACAACUGAGGUCUGAUUAUAAUUAAUAAAAUUCUAUAAAAGAAUCUGCCAACACGAAAGGGAAAAAUCUUUGUCAAACGAUGCCAAAUAAGUGAACAAAGUAGGAAGUAGGCCUCCAAUAUCUUGAGACAUGUAUCGCCCACAAGAGUUACCUCUUUGUUAAUGUGUCCCCAUAUCCUCAUAAAGUAGCACCUAUAGCCUUGACAUUUAGAGUGAGCUGCAGGAAGUGUCCCACAUGCAGCAUGUGAGCUCAGGCAGAUAGGGAUAAACCUCAAAACUGAGCUGGGUCUUCCAACACGUCACAAGACAUACCCCAGGACCUCUGCAGUCCUGGUGACCAUUCUCUACAGACCUUUGAAGCUUGGAACCCUUCCAGGGUAGACAUUUUCUCCUGUGCUGCUGGGGCGAUCCGGGCCCUAGCUCCUGGGUUCCUGUCUUCAAGAAGCAACUACCUUAAACCCUGAACCAUACACGGUCCUCACCAGUGGCUCCCAUGUUUCUCUGUUGAGUAAUAAAGCAUCAAGUCCUUGCUUUCCAUCUUUCCCCUAAGCUACCUCGGUGAGUCCACAGAAGACUUGGUAGUACAGUGAGAAUGGCUGCAUAUGAGUACACAUGUGGAUUUGCCAGAGCCUGGGAACUGACUCCUGUGCCCAAAAAGGCCCUGCCUAGUUUGAGGUCUUUUGGACUGGAGAUGCAGCCCUGGGAGAUCUGGGAAGUCAGCAGGCCACUGUGAAGCUAUUGGUCUUAGAAGCUUAUGAGCGUGCUUUUCUUUGAUGACAAAUACGUGCUUCUCUCAUACACUCAAGAACAUUACCAGUCAUCUAUCCACCUUCUUCGCUAAAUGAGGUAUUCCAUGGGGUUCACCUUUUUCAGAUCAUUGAGUUGCUGCUCAGGCACUAAAACUUUUUAAUCAUUUUUAACAGACUUUAGAUUGUGUUACAAAUUUGCCUGCCUUCUUAAACAGAAAUUGAAUACAAUUUUAAUAUUUCAUUAAAGACUCGAGGUAAUUAAUUAUUACCACUACUAAAGCCAUACAAACGAUUGGUUUAUCCCAGGAAAAAGGCGUUUGUUCUAUUUGUAGGCAGGCAGUCAUUCAGGAUCAAAGUGUAUUAGAGUGAGGUUCAGAUCUGUUCAGGUAGAACUUGGGGAAUGCCGUGAAAUACAUAAUUAAUUUGAUUACAUGAAUAGUUUACAUAACCAGUUUACUAAUGACAAUGUUGUAUAUGUACAGGUCAGUUUUUUUAAAAGUGAGGGGAAAAUUAAUAGAGGAAAUCCUAGCCAUUAACUUCUUUUUUUGGGUGGGAAAAAUAAAAGCCCAACACAUAAUUUUCUUGUAGCUUUUAAACACCUUGGUCUGUUUCUCCAUAGGGUCAGGAUUUGGGGACCACUUUAUUAGAGUAUUGAGCCGAUCAGUGCCGUAUAUAGAAAUGGCCUCAUAGUGUGAGAAAGGAAAGAAAUAGCACAUGUGGUCCCAUCAGCUUGAUUGUGGGCACUUCUAGAGUGAGGGCCAGGUCAUACUCAUCUUUGCAUCCCUGACCCAGUGCAUGAGACAUCAUAAAUACUUAAUAAAUGUGGUUGACUGGGUGAUUAGUGUAUUUAUGGAUUAGAAAAGCAUGUUUCUAUUUAAGUAAGCUAUAAAAAAUGUAUUGAAUAUUUACUGUAAAUAUAUGUUAACAAAAAAAAAUAGCUUAGAAGGUCUGUAUGUCCCUGGUAUAUUAUCAUCUUUAUGAAAAUAAUCCAUUUUGGUUUCUGUAGAACCAUUAGAAAAAUGAAUUAUUUUUGAGGAUUUGAAGAAAGGAUUCAUUCUGUGUUGUCACUUUGUUCAGCCAUAAAACUUUAUUUUCAGUGUUCCUACUCUGCAUUGUUUACAUUUUCGAGGAUUUUUUUUUAAGUCACCUACAAUCUGUAAAGAAUGUAUAUAUUCUUUUCAGCAUCUCAGUUGGAAAAGACAUGCAGUUAAACUUGACCCUUUGAUAAUCACUCUUAUAGGUCAUUGUGCUAAUCGUAAAUUGUAAAUGUGCUUCAUGGAUAUGUGGCUCUCAGUCAUCAUUUUGUCCUAUGGUAUUUAUUGAAUGUCCAUAUACUAAUGGUGCACAGAAUUUUUUUUUUUAUAAAUCUUUUGACUGUGCUGUAAUUCAUUCUUAGGAUUUAACUUGAAGAUACCAUAGUUGCUGGCAUUGGUGUUUAGCAAUAAAAGAAUAAAUGUGUACCAGCAUCA